AUGGAUAUCACAAAAGAGAGAGAAGAUAUGGAAGAGAUUAAUCAUUUUAGUCAUAAAAAUCAUCCAUUAAAGCUUGUCAACUCAGAGACGAUUGAUAAUGCUGGUUUGGAGAAUCGUGGUGGUGGUGGUGUAAUAGGUUGCUAUGCAUGUCAAAAACCUAUAUCAUCAAGUGGCUUUGCAUAUGCUUGCAUGCCAUGUCGUCACUUUAUGCAUAAAGCAUGCGCACAGCUUCCGCUCACUAUCAAUCUGCCUUCCUUGUAUGAGCAUCCUCUAACGCUACGGGAUCGCGGACCUGUAAAAGAUUUCAGAUCUUGGACUUGUGAUGUUUGUUGUAAUGUAAACCUAGGUAGGGGGUUUUAUUAUAAUUUUAGAAAACCAGAGGACAACUUUAAGUUUAAUGCUUGCAUAGAUUGUUGUGUUGUUGAGAUUGGUCGCAAGGUGGAAGCUGAUGUUAUCAAGGAGGGGACAAGGAUCAAGAUUGAACAUGAAGGUCAUCCACAACACACUUUAUCCCUUCAGUUAAGACCCGCUGCAUUCCUGUGUGAUGCUUGUAACACUGAGGAUAAAGGUUUGUUCUAUCUUUGCGACAGUUGUGGCUUUUGGAUCCACAAGACUUGUGCUUCCUUAGCCCCUACCAUCCAUCGACCGCAUCAUCACCCUAAUCACCCACUCACUCUGGUCUAUUCUCUUCCAGAAAAAUUCUAUAAAUUCUCUUUUUAUUGCGAAUUUUGCAACAUUUACAUCCGACGGAAUGAUUGGUUGUACCAUUGUGAAAACUGUAGAUAUUUUUGCCAUAUCAAAUGCGCCUUAAAUGCAGAGCUACCUUCUACUCCAAGAGAUGGUCCAAGUACUUCCAUUGCUGAUGAAGAGGUAGAUAAUUUGCUGCAAUUUCCCAUGUCAAAUGCAUUUACAAAUCCAUUGAAACUACUACACUCUGGAAUGAUAGCACCAGAUGAUGACGAUGAUGCUGAUCGAAAAACUAUGAUUAACCAUUGGAGUCAUCGUCAUCCAUUAUUUCUUAAUGUCAAACAUCAAGCUGACAUGUCUGGUUGUAGUAGUGAUCGAUUAGAGAUUAGAACAUCUACUUCAUCCACCUCAUUUGCUUCACUUGACGUUGCAACAUGCGUCUAUCUAUCAAUGCAAUGGUUGUUUCAGCGGUGGCAACAAUUUUUUUUACCAGUGUCAAACUUGCAAGUUCUACCUCUGUGUCAACUGUGCAUUUCUACCCAAAAGCAUCAAACAUAAAUCCCACAAGCAUCAUCUUAUCCAGGUUAUUGAUCGCGAACCUCUUUGUAGCAUGUGCAACUCAUGGUCCGAAAGGAUGAGCUAUGCUUGUAAGGCUUGUAACUUCAUAUUGGGCAAGCGUUGUGCAAUGAGGAUGCCGAA